CUGUUUUACAAAAGAGAAAGCAAAACACCACCGCCGUCGCGGGAACAAACAAAAACAAAAUGGAUUUAGAUUGUUUACUUUCAUCAAAUGAAAACAUUCAAAUGCCGGAUUUGUUUGAAAACAAACAAAUCGUAAACAAAAACAAAUGCAAACAAAACUCUGAAUAACAAACAUGUUUCGUUUCCACUCAAACAGCUGAUGGCAGCACAACUAAACUCCGGCGCAACUAUUGAUUUUAAGGGGUUGUUUGGAAAAGAGCGUGAGAACAAAACGGAAUCGAACACAAAAUGCACCCCCAAAGCGCAAGCACUUCAGUAGAAAAAUACUUUGAAUAUUAAUGUCCAUACAAGUGCAAGUGAUACAGACACGUCGAAUAAACAAAAGCGGAAAUACGGAAAUUAAAUUAAUAAGAAAUUUAUUUAAAAAAUCUACAUAAAACUGCUAAAAAGUUAUGAUUAAACUGUAGAAAAAUAAAUAAGAAAUAAUAAUAAAAGUGCAGAAUAAAAUUAAAAAAAAGAGGGAAAGAGUUUCCUCAAAAAAUCAAAAAUGUAACACGUCUGCUUAAAAGUUGAUUUUUUUUAGUGAAGAAUUUAACAACCCACACCCUAAGUUAAUGUAUACCAAUCUAUUGUAUAUUAAACAAUGCACUAAAAAUAACUUUUUUUUAACAAAACACAAAUUUAUUGACUUUUCCGUCUCCGCAGACGACUGUAGAAUUAUGUGUGAUUGGCUGUAUGAGUCUAAAGAGUGAUGAAAUAUAAUUAAAAAUCAAACAAACAAUUCAUAAAUUCCUCAAUACAAUAGCAAAGAAUUUUGAAAUAAUUAAAACGGCACGAUUUACGAAUCAAUCAAUAUGGAUAUAAACUUUUCCAUGUUGAUUCUAUUGUGUUUUAUAUUUUUUAUAAUUGGAGCAGUUUUUAUACUACUGCUGCAGUAUUAUGUGUAUAUGAAAUUCUCCCUACUGCCCGAGGAGACACCCGAGCAGAAGGACAUCAAUUCCAAAUACAAAUUGCCAACGAGUCUUUAUCAAACUGCUCUGGCUUUUAAUCAAUCAUCUGCAGCUGUGGCCGCCGCAACUGCAUCAUCAGCUGGAGCACCAACCACACCAUCCAAUCCAAUCGCCUCGGGUUUCAAUUUAAAUAGCAAAGAGCCAGAUGCUUCGUCGUUGGUGUCAUUGAAUUUUGUUAUGCAGUUCCUAUUUCAUGAAUUGAAAAAUUCAAAUCGCGUGAGAAAAUGGUUUUAUCGCAAACUUUCAUUGGAAUUGGACGAAUUGAUAGCAAAAACAACAACAGGCAAAUUAUUCGAUAAAUUAACGAUAAAACAACUUGAGUUGGGUGAUCAAUUUCCGGAGAUAAAAACCUUAAGAGUUCAUCAUGUUGAAUUGGAUGAAAGUGGCGAACGUAUUGAGAAUUUAGAUUUAUUAUUGGAGAUUCAUUAUAUGGGCAAUUUCCGUACAUCAAUAGAUGCUGAUAUGGUGCUGGGCAAGAAAGGUUCAUUGACAUUGAAAGUGAAACAACUUUCGGGCUUAGCUCGCUUGCAAUUUACUCGCAAUCCCUACACCCAUUGGUCUUUGAGUUUUCUGGGUGAUCCGGAAUUGGACUUGGCCAUUGAAUCGAAAUAUCAGGGACGACAAAUGCAAUCCAACAUUACCAGUUUAAUAUCGAAUCAAAUACGCAAAGCGGUCAGACGUAAGCAUACCCUACCCAAUUAUAAACUACGUUAUAAACCGUUUUUCCACAAGACACCCGAAGAAGAUGUGGGCGAGGGUGAAGGUAUACAACCGAAUGGGGUGUUGGAAGUAAAAGUCUCGGAAAUAUCACGCCUAAUGUGUCCGUCACAUUUAACGGAUAUUUAUUGUUCCAUAACCAUGGCAUCGUUAGCAUUUGUGGAGGCCCACCAGCAGGAUGAUCGGCAUGUUAUGGUGUCCCUGGAUGUGGAGAUACAUAAAGCUAAAAACCAACAAAUAGGUAUUAUAUUCAAACAGUCCGCGGCUGAUAUCGUAGAAAUCGAGGCAGUGUUGCCCAAUACCCCAGCCUGUAAAUCAAAUUUGAAAGUGGGUGACAUUCUGUUGGCCAUAGAGGGAAAACGCGUGGCUACGAUACAACAAGUAGCCAAAGUUAUUAAGAGUCUUCAGGCGAAUAGUUUUUGUUUGCGCAUUGAUCGUGUCAUACCGGGUAUUAUACGCAACGAUGCCAUUUUAGAGGAUUUAGAUAUCUACGAAGAUUUGGGAGAUAAUAAAAGUGGUUACAGCACAGCUGCCAAGCCCACUGAUACCAUACCCAUACGCAGCAGCAUUGACAAGGGCACCAGCAGCGAGUCCAGUUUAUCGAAUACUCCUACCAAUUCCCCCAAAAAGACAAAACUCAUAGCGAAAGCUUUAAAAAAAACCAUAAGUCGUGAUCAUAGUGAGAGUUUUAAGGAUGAGGAGGCCAAAUCAAAAGCUAAAGUUUUAGCCAAACAAGCUACUCUACACAAAGUUCCGUCUAAAACCAAUUGUGAAAGUUUACUUACCAGUUUUAAUGCGGCUUCGGGCGUAAAUGAUGUUGAACAUUAUUAUCAGCAUUCUACAAUCGAUUGUAAAUUGGCAAAUUUGAUACACAUGGAAGAUGUUUGUAAUUUCAAAUUGGAUCCCCAGUGUCGCUACUUAAAUGUGUGUGUUUAUGGAAAAAGUUUGGGAGAGAAUCAGUUGUUGGGUUUCACCAAUAUACCCAUCUAUCAGAUAUUGGCCGAAUGUUGUGAAACCAGUUUGAGUCAAUCGUUUAAGGCGUAUGAACUGAAUCCACCCAUACCAGAGGAUUUAAAAAAUCAUUAUUUGUCAAGUCAAUCUGGUUUUAAUCCCAAUUUGUGUUUUGGUGAUAUAUUAUUUGCUUUUACCUGGGAGGGCAAUCCCAAUUUGGGAGCCACAGAGACACCCUCUAAACAGCCAUUGAAAAUUAAAUCCAAAUCAAUCACCUCUGUUGACAAAACCGAUGACAGUGGCUACUCGGACACCAUUUCCAUCAAGUCCACUGAUACCACCACAACAUACCAAACACGAGCCCACAACUUCAUACGCACACAUUUCCAACGAGCCACACAAUGCGAUUUUUGUGGCAAGAAAAUUUGGCUUAAAGAUGCCGUACAGUGUCGCGAUUGUUUUAUGUGUUGCCACAAGAAAUGCAUAAAUAAAUGUCAAAAUGCCACAGUAUGCGGUCCGGUAGAUUGUUCCUCUGCACUACAACAGCAACAACAAACAACCUCAACGGUGGCAACACCCGAAUUUAUGGUUACCGAUGCCGACAUUGACACCGGCGUAGAACCAGUGGAAAACGAAAUUAUGUUUAACUCAGACAAUAGCGACAAAAAAUCAACAGCUACUACACCGUCACCCAGUAAUUUGGAGGUGCAUCGUUCAAGUUUGACUGGUUUAUUGGCACAGGGUAUUAAGCGUGUUAAUUCAGCUAAUAAUCUAGCCAUACCUGGCAUAGUAUCUUCUAUAGCGGGUGUUACGGGCAAUGUGAGUAGUAGUGUAGGUGGUGGCGUAACACCGGGUUCGAUAGCAAAAAGUUUACCACCAACUCCCCAACAUACACCUUCAAGAAAAUCUUCUGUGAUUUCUUUAGGUCCAAAUACUUUUGAUUUGGUUACCCAACGUUUGGAAGCAUUGCCCUCCGAUGUUACUAGCUUUUCGACCGAACAAAUUAUUUCAAUUACCGAUCAUAUUAUGCUUUUACCUAAGGAUGAAGAUGUCAUGAGUUUGGCAAAGAAUGCUAGCAAAAAUCUUUAUGGUGAUUUAAGUGGUUCCGAGAGAGUGGAUAAAAUUAAUAUAUUGCUCUCAAAAUUACGCUUGGCUCUGGACAGUGAAACUGCUAUACAUUCGAAUUUAACUGCUUCAAUGAAAAAUGGCAGCAGUGAACUUUUGGCCACAACUGAAACUGCUACAACACAACAACAAACAGCAACUAAACCAAAUAUUUUAGGGAAAUCCGAGGAACGUAUACAGGCGUUGAGUGUUACGAUGUUGUACUUGUGCACUGGACUGCAGCAUGCUCAAGGUGUUGCCAUGCAUUAAUGUUGCAGUGGCAGGAUACAAAAAUAAAGAAGGUUACCACACCUUCCAUACAUAUUGAAUACAAUUUUUUUUUAAAAAUAAGGCUGAAACAUUUCAAAACAUAUUAUGGAAUUUUGAAGUAGUCAAAUUAAAACAACAAGAAAAUAAAAUAAAAAAAUUAAGUAUUAAAAGAACUACAUACAAACAUACAUGUAUAACUAUUAUGACUAGAACUAAAUCUAAAAUGUAGAUGUUUAAGAUAUUAAAACAAACUAAAGUAUUGUGCAACUUUGGAAAUUAAGGCUUGACAUUUAUAAUCAAACUUAAUAUGUUCACAAUAUAAAGGGAAACACAAACAUUUAGCAAGAUUUUUGCUUCAGUAGACAAAAUGAACCCUUCCCCCUAAAAAAAAAUUAGACAAGGUUGUAAUCAAAUUCCCUUGAUACUCGUACAUACAUACUUACUGAAAAUAAAAAUACAUAAUAAUGAAUAUUGGAUGUAAUUGUAGUAUUUACGUACCAAUGAGUACAUUUAUUUACAUUUAUGUAUGGAUGUAUUUGAAUGGCUGUUUUAAAUUAUAAUUUUUACAACUAUUGCACCAGUUUUUAUGAAUAGUUUUCUUAAAAUCGUUUAUUGUAUCUUUAUUGAGAAUUAUUAAUAAAACGGCCUUUUUUUUAACAACCAGAAAAUAUUUUAAUUAUUCAUCAUGAAAAUAAAGUUAGCAGAGUUCAACUUAGUGUUACAAAUACACCAAUUAUAUUUUAAUGUUUUAACAAAUAUAUUUAUUAAUUAAACAAAAUAAAAUAAAACAAAGCAGAGUGUUAAAUGAAAAUAUUGUUUGAAAACACAAAAAAAAAACUACCAGAAAGUAAGAAGGAUCGAAAAUGAAACAGUAUUUAAGGUUUUAAUUCUAAAACGAAAAACGGAAUCUUUUAAACAAAUUAUGUAUUUUAUUAGUUUUUAAAUAUGUAAUUGUUAUUAACAAAAAAAUCAAUUAUGAAUUCAACAAAAAAAAAACAAAUUAAAUAUGAGAAAAUAAAAAUAAAUAUAUACAAAA